AUGGCAGUGAAUGGAAUCAGCUUUCAAGAAGAGGACGAAGAUUAUGAGCACCCCUUACUCUCACGAACCCCCGAAGAAUUGGUAUUUGAUGCCACCUUAUUCUAUGACCGGCAAAACCACAAAAAGGUCAAGGGACAGAAGCUUGAGAACGUGGUAGAUAAGGAAGUCUUUCUCAGGGGAGCACGACUUGCACAAAAUCCAAAUAAUAGACUUGGAAUACCUGGAUUGACAAACGUUGAAAAGGAUGCACUUAAAUCGGAGCGUGAAUCAGGUCUAUUCAAGCAAACAAAAGACCUGAAAGUUACCAUUUUGGUCACGGCAUGCGCAGCCAUCACCCAAGGCUGGCAGCAAUCGUCGAUAAAUGCAAGCUCACUCCACUGGCAGAGCGAACUUAGACCUAUCCCCGGCAACAAGUACAAUCUUUUUGGCGGAUUUAUCGACGCUGCGCCAUGGCUUACUGGAAGUCUCAUCGGUACUUGGUUGAGUGAUCCUUUGCAGGAGGGACAGUUUGGAAGACGCCCUGCGCUCUUCAUAUCAGGAAUCUGCUGCACAGCAUUUGCGUUAGGGACGGCCAGGUGCAACAACUGGCAAGAGCUUUUGAUCUGUCGCCUGCUACUCGGCAUUGGGAUUGGGGCGAAGGCAUCAGUUGCCCCUGUAUUCGCUGCUGAAGCUGCCGUUGACCAUUUACGUGGCCGGCUCCUUAUGAUGUGGCAGCUUUUUGACACAUUCGGAAUUUUUGUUGGCUUUGUCUGCGUGUUUAUUGCCCAGCAGCACUGGAGGGUUAUCUUAGGCUCCGCCGCAAUCCCUUCCAUAAUCCUGCUGUUCCUUGCUUUCCUCUGUCCAGAAUCGCCACGGUUCCUCAUUCGCAAAAAGCGAUACGCGGAUGCGUUUUUAAGCCUUCGCCAUUUGCGUGGAAGUGACAUCCAAGCAUGUAGGGACUUAUACUCCAUCCAUAGCCAGUUGCAAUUUGAGUCACAAAAGAGGCUGCGCAGAUCUCACAAACUGAGAGGUGACGAAUGGCUGAGGAAGGAGCUGUACCAAGAAGUAGAGCUUAGCAGCUUGAACUUUUUCAAGCGUGUGAGGUCACUCUGGUCUAUCAAGCGCAACCGAAGAGCGUGUAUUGCUGCAUUUAUUGUGAUGGCGUCACAGCAGCUCUGUGGCAUUAAUGUGCUCUCAUUUUAUUCAUCAGUUCUUUUCAGCCAGGUUGAGGAGGGAGAAGCACUAGUCAACAACGCGAAGGUAGACUGGUUAAAUUUUGGCUUUGGGCUAGCAAAUUUCCUAUUCACUAUCCCAGCACAUAGGUACAUUGACGGAUACCACAAAAAGGGCCGGCGGUUAUUGCUGCUGGUGUCUCUUGCCGGCAUGUUUUUCAGCCUCAUCGCCAUCAGCUCCUUCUAUCUCAUAGAAAGCCCUGCUCCAAGGACCGGUUUAGUCGCUGUAUUUACUAUUGUCGUCUAUCUUGCUUUUUACGGUAUUGGGGCUGGACCCGUUCCAUUUACCUUUAGCGCGGAAGUAUUCCCUUUGGCGUUUCGCGAGGUUGGCAUGAGUUUUAGUGUGAUGGUCAAUUUUAUUGGCCUCACAAUUCUCGUUAGCCUUGUUCCGCUUGUCAAUAAAUAUGCGGUGGGGACCAAAGAGAAGAACCCAUAUGCAUACCUUUUAUACAUAUUUGCCGGUCUCGAUGCGCUGGCAUUUGUGCUAGUUUUUCUAUUUGUUCCGAGCACAGGCCAGAUCCCCCUCGAACAAAUGGACCAGAUCUUUGAAAAACAUACCUGUACCCAUAUAAAAGAGCAUUUUGCCGCCUUGCCCUGUGUUCAUCACAGCGAGGACGGCGCACCCGAUGAAGAAUCUAACCAGAUGCACACUAUCACUUAA